AUGCUAAUGGUGAUGAACAUGAAUUUUAACGAUGCUUCCGAAGGGAGAGACGAAUCAGCUAACUCCAGCAUCAAGAUGUCCUCACCUUCCACCCACACCAUGCCCACCAUGCCAUUCGCACCGUUUGCAGCGUCCUUUAGUUCCGGGAAGAUUGGUUACGGUAAGAAUAACGGCACAGCGAACUUCUGGCAGUCAGCUCCAUUCCAGCCAUUCUCAAUGCCCACUGAUGGUGAGUAAAACACAAAAUAAUCUUACUCAAGUUCACAAGUUUGCUAGAAGACCCCUAUUUCAGAUAACCGAUCUACCGAAAAUGGCGAGCAGAAACCCGCACUGAACAAUGGAAUCCAAGGGAGGAUAUCCCCUACACAGAAUCUCUUCCAGACUCCUAACAGGUAUGUUCGAAGUAGUUAAUCUGCUUGUAAAAGGAGUCUUCCCUUCGCCGUGUGAUUGGUCUUUUCUUCACGGUAUAAUUUUUUUUUGAGUUGGGUGAUUUAUUUGUUUUAUCGAUUUCAGCUACGGCUCCUUCUCCCAUCCCAUGUUCAAUCAUAUGUCCCAGAGUUAUUACAACGACUGGAGUCAUAUGCAACAACGACAACUUCAGCAGAACAUGAAUCUGUCUGCUCAAUUUAACGCGAAUCAAGGGUCAACUUCUGAAAACGGAGACCAUCAGAAUGGGGGCCAGGCUCAAGAGCAGAACUCAACUUGUUCGUCGAGCAACACAUCUCUUCCGAAUAAUCAUCAGAAGACCGAUUCUUCGUUAGAAGAAACGACAACUUCCCCCUCCACAACAAUCGGUGAGGUCUCCACAACAAAGGAGAACAAUUCUUCGACCAAUCCCUUCAACACUUCCACUGAUGCCUACAAUGCAAUGUCCCAAAUGCAAUCUCGAUUAGGAUUCGAAAUGGGCGCCACAAUGCCUACGGACGUCUACAAUGUCGGGAUCCAAGCAGCGUCGAUGGCAACAAAUCCAUGGAGUUACAAUUACCCCAGCUAUGGUCUCCCUUAUGCCAAUAAUAUGACUGAUAUGGUCGGGUUCGGAGGUAAGGAUUAGCGCAUCUUUUUUAUUGCCCUUCUUCCAUCAAAACUUUGGCAUUGGGGUCGCUUUCCUACCUACCGUAAUGUUUUAAUCCAGAUGAUUAGGAUGUGUUCUGCUGACAGCUGGGGCACCAGAAUAAAGUCAUAAAAAUUAGGGAAGGCCAACAUGUCUCGAGGCUUUGAAGGAUGCCGCCGGAUCCGGGAAUCUCGUCUGCCGAAUGUUACCGUAUUGUUUUUUGUACUCAUUUUGACUGCUUGUCAUAGUUUAGUUUUGAAUCCGUUACAGUAAUCUUUUGGUGGGCGUCGUUGGGAGUGCUUGUGACGCAACCGGGUUUUGAUAAGACUCCGGCCUUUCACCUGGCCGCGUUUCUUUGGCGGUCCCUAAAUUUUAUUACUGCGCGACCCAAAACAUCUUUACGACAACACUGGCUAGGGUGUGUGGCCUUUCUGUACCUCUGAAUAUUUCCGCCUUGGUAUCCAUCAACGCGUCCCCGGGUUUUUAAUUACUGAAAACGGAAACGGACCACGAAUUCUCGGUGAAGGUCGGCUACAGUAGUCAACGAAGAGGGCGUGGGUAUUUCCACACAGAAGCAAACCAAUUUGCUCAAAAAUUUACUUUAACUCUCGUCGAGAGCUGCCUGCUUUUUCAAGAACGCGCAGCCUGACCGUCUCAUCUCGUCGUCCGGUUUUACGAUCGCUCGUAAAACGGUGCAGAGAGAGGUGGAAAGGGAGAUGAGAUAUGUUUGGGCUUUGAGUCAUGCCUGUCCUGUAUCACAAACAAGUCCCAUCCUAAAGCAGAUUUGUUCUACAAGAAAGAUCUUGUAACUGGACUUUGAGAUAAGAAAAAUAUUAAGAAAUACUUUAUUGACGCCUAACAUCGUGAUUACAGCACUUGCAGACUCUCAGCUGGAGUGGACUACCAGUGCAUCUCAGCGGAAAAAACGGAAACCUUAUACAAAGCAGCAGACCAUUCAUUUAGAACAAGAGUUCCGGGGAAAUCAGUAUGUCACCAAACAGAAGCGAUACGAACUUUCGAUGACCCUCAACCUAUCUGAACGACAAGUAAAAAUUUGGUUUCAGGUAGGUAUUCUUUUCUUUACAAUUCCCUCAGUUUCCGUAUGUCUUUGGCAUCGAAGAUUACUGUAGCUCUCAUUUGAAUACAACAGGUUACUUUUCGCUGUCUUAUUCAUAAACCUGAUGGGUUUUUUAUUUUUGUUGACAACUUUAAUCAUUCUCCAACUAAUUUCUUAUUUUCUUGUUGCAAUCUUUGCAAGUAUAAUCCUUGCUUUGUUCCAGAAUCGGCGGAUGAAAGACAAAAAGCAAAGAACCCGUGGUGACGUUACAGUAGGCCAUCAACCCCACCACAAUGGCCUGAUGUAA